AUGCCGCAGAUCGCGUUUGGUACCGGCUCAAAGUGGAAGGGACAGGAUGUCACGGACUAUGUAACGAACGCCAUAGAGACUGGCUUCUCUCACAUAGACACUGCACAGUUCUAUGCCAACGAGGAGAGUGUCGCGGCCGCUAUCCGUGAGACUGGACUUGACCGCUCCGACGUCCCUAGCAGCUCACUAUGCCCGCCGUCCAACGACCAACCCCACUGCGCUUCUAUCCAACCGCCGCCGCUGCCAGUGCUUCAGAGCAGCAACCAGGGCGCGAAUCGUCCGCGCCGUCGCACACCGUCGAUUGAUCCCACACCGCCCGCGCCGUCGAACCACGCCGCACGCACACACAACGCACGCGCCGUCGAAUCACGCCGCACGCACAAACGACAGCAGGCUGAGUCGGUGCGUGCUGCUUCUGUCCCGCGCCGUCUCACUCAUUCCGCUGCCAGCCGUCCACUUAAUCGACGUAUCCUACUCACAUGCACUCCCCGCUAUCUAACCGUCGGCCAUCCCGCAUCUCCCGUGUUUUGCACGCCCCGCCCCGCUCGCAGCCCGACGUCCCGGCAUCUAGACGACGACCCCCACCCGCGACAGCGUCCUCCCGCUACCAGUGCUUCAGACCGGGGACGCGCACGCGGGUCGUCCACGUCGUCGCAGCGAGAUGACGUGAACGCCUACAGAUCGCACAUUGUAGACGCGACGUUCUGGCCGACCGGCCCUCAUCACCUACGCAGCCGCGGGCCAAACAUCUACCACCGACCGCCCGCCUCGUUCAAUCCGCUCAGCCGCGACGACGGUCCUCCGCGCUCCUGCACCUCAUUGACACCAUUAGCUCCGUUAGCUUGGCAUCACCGCACGCAUGCAUGCAUCACUCACCCCGCGUACUCGUGGCGUACACAUGUCCGGGCGCGCAGCACAGCGGAAGACGAGUCGCAAAUCACACAGGAUUCUCUGACGACGUCCACCUUUAAAUCCCUCACACGCUUUCCCGGCCUGUUGCCAUUCCCACGACUGCCGCCCGGACAUCUCGCAUCGGCUGCUGCGUCGCUCAAUGGUUACUACUCGCCCAAAAUCAUGACGGCAGCGCCCCCGCGUACCUAG